GAUAGAGAUGGCUGCCUCUUGUUAGUGCUCUGUGGUCCCUGUAUUAUCUUGAUUAAAUUUGGAAUGAUUAGAUAGCCAAAAAAAUUCAGAAAAGUACUUGGGAAGGGACUUAAACUCCAUAGCCAAACAUCUGCUAAGUAGAACUUCACUGCUGAUCGUGAAGCUACGAAGUCAGUGAGAGGAGACCGCCAUCCCUGUAGCGCUAUACUCAUAUCUGGCUAACAGUAUCUCAGUUGAGCAGACCGACGCAGCCUGUUUACACAAUCUCCCCAGCACCUGAUCACACAGUGGAGGUCGAAUCGAACAUACCUGCUGUGCCGAGUGUCUUUCUCAAGGAGCCGCGAACAGGCUAGAUGCUACCGGGCCGCACCCACGUGGCCAGACUGAGACGUCAGAAGAGAAGGCCUCAAGACCGGGGAUUUCGUUUGGAUGCACCUGACCUGAGGCGACCAGAUUUUCUGGGUUAAGCAGCAGCAGAUCGGGCGGCUUUCGGACGUCACAAUCCAGUGUCCGGAGAUCCUCCUCAGACUGAUAACCAAGGAGAGUCUCACUAUCUACACAAUAGCUCAGAGUGUGGCACCUGGGUUGGACAGGAACCAGAUGGCUCUGUGGUUGUUGGUGCUGCUUAUGAUGGCUGUUAUGUGACUGAGCAGGAAGACACCUAUCUAAUGACCAUUCUUCUGAAAGAAGCCCUACUUGAUGGAGAGAUUCAGCACCAUAAAAAGGAGCUUAAAUGUCCAGUCUUACCAGCUAUGGAUGCUCCCAGCCCAGAUGUUUGUGCUGCCAUUGCCAGAGGGGACAGGGUGUCCUGUGCCAAUGCCCCAGUAUCCAGAGACCUCUGUGAAAGCCUUGGGUGCUGCUUCACUCCUUUGGAUCCUAGUAUUUCCUGUUACUAUGGCAACAAAGUGACUGCACAAUGUACAGCUGAUAACCAGGUUAUAGUUGCCCUCACUAAGGAUGUGACAGUCCCUCCAUUAAUACUGGACUCUGUAAAUGUGCUGUCUGUGAACACAGCUACUUGCAGUGGGUUGCAAAUCACCAGGAACAACCUCUUUGCUGUCUUCCAAUUUCCUUUGUCCUGUGGAAGUGGCCAUAUGACAGAUGUUAGUCAGAUUUAUGAAAACUUCUUUGAAGCAACGAGAUAUGUAAGGAACUGGCAAGGGGCAUCAAUCACUAGAGACAGUACAAUGAAGCUGACUGUUCGCUGCAGCUAUUCCAGAACCAGUGCUGUACUACUAAAAGUAGAUGUUGUCACCCUGCCGCCACCACCUCCUGUCUCCACCACUGGACCUCUUUCACUGGAGAUGAGGAUAGCUCAAGAUGUAUUCUAUGCCGGAUAUUAUGUUGAUGGAGACUACCCUGUUGUAAAGGUUCUGAGAGAGCCAGUCUACCUGGAGGUCAGGAUUCUGAGGAGAACAGACCCUAACCUGGUAUUGGUACUAAAUGACUGCUGGGCCACCCAAUCUACUGAUUCCUACCAGCAGCCACAGUGGCCUGUCCUGGAGAAAAGUUGUCCUUUCACUGGAGAUAAUUACCUUACACAGCUGAUUCCAGUUGCUGCAUCACAAACUUACCCAACACAUUACCAACGCUUUUCCAUCAGCACUUUCACAUUUGUGGAUGAAAGAACCCAGCUUUCUCUUGGAGGAUUGGUCUACUUCCACUGCAGUGCCUCUGUAUGUGUUCCAUCUAACUUUGAUUCCUGCAGAAGAACCUGUUCAUCAAGAAAGCGGAGAAUGGUACCUGUGGAGGACACCAUGACCAUAGUCACAUCUGAGGGACCCAUUUACUUUGCCAGUGCUAGCAUGGUGAAGGCUGAGGCACCAGGUGAUUCUGGUUACAAACCUUUAGCCUGGGCCAGAGGCACAGCAGUUACCGGAGGUGUUCUGUCCAUCGUUUUUGUUAUAGGUGUCUGGAAUUACAAGAGGAUUCACACCACAAAAAGUGAACAAGUAUAAAUAGAUAUAAAUAAAUAGUUUUCUACAAA